UAAAGUCCAUGACACACGGAGUCGAUUCUACAGAUUCGACUCUUGGAGUCAAGUUGUUACUGACAGCUUUAUCAGGUCUCCCUCAGACAAGAGCACUUUAUUAAAAAAUGGCUCCAGCGAAGAACAGAGUGUUUGUUGUUGGCGUCGGGAUGACGAAGUUUGAUAAACCCGGUGCGAGAGAUGGAGAUUAUCCAGAAAUGGCCAAAGAAGCAGGAGAGAAAGCGCUGGCUGAUGCAGCAGUACCGUAUUCUGCUAUCGAACAGGCCUGCGUGGGCUACGUUUACGGCGACUCCACUUGCGGACAGCGCGCUAUUUACCACAGCCUGGGUCUGUCAGGGAUCCCUAUAAUCAACGUCAAUAACAACUGUUCCACGGGUUCCACGGCGCUCUUUGUGGCCCGACAGCUCGUCCAGGGAGGUUUGGCUGAUUGUGUGCUCGCUCUGGGUUUCGAGAAGAUGGAAAGAGGCUCUUUGUCCUCUAAGUACAUGGACAGAACCAACCCUAUGGACAAACACAUGGAGGUGAUGAUCAACAGGUACGGCUUGGCCGCAGCUCCGGCAGCGCCUCAGAUGUUUGGCAACGCCGGGAGGGAACACAUGGAGAAGUACGGAACCAAGCCAGAACACUUUGCCAAAAUUGCCUGGAAGAAUCACAAGCACUCGACCAACAACCCAUAUUCUCAGUUCCAGGACGAGUACAGUCUGGAGCAGGUGAUUAAAUCCCGCAAGGUUUUUGAGUUCCUCACACUUCUUCAGUGCUGCCCUACGUCUGAUGGUGCUGGAGCAGCUGUGUUAGCCAGCGAGAGCUUCGUGAGGAAGCACAGACUGGAGUCUAAAGCCGUGGAGAUCAUCGCUCAGGAGAUGGUCACUGAUCUCUCUACGACGUUCGAGGAGAACAGCUGCAUCAAGAUGGUUGGAUACGACAUGACGCGCCUCGCUGCCCAAAAGUGCUUCGAGUCGGCAGGCCUGAAUCCGGCGGCCGUCGACGUCAUCGAGCUGCACGACUGUUUCUCGGCUAACGAGCUCAUCACCUAUGAAGCGCUCGGGCUUUGUCCUGAAGGUCAAGCCGGAGCGCUGAUCGACAGAGCAGACAACACGUACGGGGGAAAGUGGGUGGUUAACCCGAGCGGAGGGCUCAUAUCGAAGGGACACCCGCUCGGAGCUACAGGUCUGGCCCAGUGCGCCGAGCUGUGUUGGCAGUUAAGAGGCGAGGCAGGGAAAAGGCAGGUCCCGGGUGCGAAGGUCGCCCUGCAGCACAACAUCGGCCUCGGCGGCGCCGUAGUGGUCACGCUGUACAAGAUGGGAUUCCCUCAGGGAGCAAGGUCUCACAUUGCUGCGGUUCCCACCGGCACUGUCGGCGGACUGGAGGGCUUCAGAUCUCACACGGUUUUUAAAGAAAUCGAGAAGAGGCUACAGGAGGAAGGAGAAUCGUAUGUUAAAAAAAUCAGCGGCGUUUUCGCUUUUAAAGUGAAGGACGGCCCGGGCGGAAAGGAAGCUCUGUGGGUCGUGGACGUGAAGAACGGAAACGGCUCGGUGACCAACGACGCAGGGAAGAAAUCGGACUGCACGAUCACCAUGUCCGACGCUGACCUCAUCGACCUGAUGACGGGGAAACUGAACCCACAGACUGCCUUUUUCCAAGGCAAGCUAAAGAUUACUGGGAACAUGGGGAUGGCGAUGAAGCUGCAGAGCCUCCAGCUGACACCAGACAAAGCCAAACUGUGAAGAUUUCGGACUAAACCUCAGAGACGGAAACCAGUGGCCGUGACAUCGGGCGUGCGAUACACACACACACACACACACACACACACACACACAUAUAUACAAAUUAACAAAAUAAGAGCCAAAAUAAAAAGCCGUGUGUUCUGUAAUGUUGAGAUUCAGAGCGCUGCACAAUUACAGUCAUAUCUUUAGCACUAACGAUACGGAAUUCUAUAUAAGCAUUUCUACCUACAGACAUUUAACCCUAAAGCCUUGGAUGUCUCAUGGUCCAUCUCAACGUUUAACCUCAGAAUUUUAGACACAAUUGAACAUUAAUAGCCUUUAAUCAGAGAUCACACACUAAGGUCCAGAUGACCCGGAAAUCGUCAGUCAGACGGCUAAAAUAUCAGCCGUCUGUUCUGUUCCCUUUGGAUGUGAGAACUCUUCAUUUCACUGAUAAUUGUAUAUGCAGAUUAUGACACUAUUUUUUAAUAAAGAUUUCUCAGAACAGA